ACAUGACACAGCGCCGACAGAAACUACCAGGAAGUCCUGGACAAGUGCAUUCGAGCGCCCUCAUGCUUGAAAACAAUGGGACGGAUUAUGUGUUCACAUAUUUACUGCUGGUCUGUAAAUCAUGGAAAGUUCUGUUGUAGCGAACUCAAAUAACAUGUGCUCUUGUCUGUCUUCAUGACGCAGCACAGGCCUCUUUCUUUUGCCUUCCGGCUCUCUGUCCGAAGUCACGUGACUAGACACUAUGGAAACCAAGUGGGCGAGUCUGUUGCGGGUUUUUGUCCUGCAUUUAAACUGACGCUGGGUCUUCGAAGAGGAAACCCCGGCCCUGUCCUUUGGACAUUACCGUCCCUGUUAACGCGUUUUGCGGACAGGACACUGCGGUCACACAACUGUGACAGGGCCGUAAAGAAACGUGUAAUGAUGUCCUCAGCGGACGGAGAGCGCUUCAUGUAUUUCGCCUUUGGAAGUAAUUUGUUAAAGGAGAGACUGAAGCUGGAGAACCAGUCUGCGAUAUUUCACACAAUAGGUCGAUUGAAGGAUUAUAAAUUAAACUUUGGCCUGUGGGAGAAAUAUGUGGACAGCGGUUGGCAUGGUGGAGUGGCCACCAUUGAGUUCUGUCCAGCCGCAGAAGUGUGGGGGGUGAUCUGGGCUUUGAACAACAAACACCUCACAACCCUGGACAUGCAGGAAGGCGUGAACCUGGGGAUUUAUUCACCUCUGGAGGUUUCGGUGGAGACUGACAAAGGACUCAUCCUCUGCAGGACCUAUCAGAUGAACAACUUCCAUGCCUGUCCUCCCUCUCCUCAGUACAAAAAGGUGGUGUGUCUUGGUGCUGAGCAGAACGGCCUCCCAGUCGAGUACAGGAAGUGCCUGGAAGUCAUUGAAACCAAUAACUACAGUGGUCCCUCACUCCUCGAUAAAAUCACAACUAUCAAGUAGUUUAAAAGUGUAUUCUUUGACUUGGGGGGGGGGGGGGAUCCCUUUAGUAGAUGCUCUGACAAUAGAUAACAAUAAAGGACACAGAAGAGCUAAUGAUGAUCAGGUGGGCAACUUAGCAGCGUUCAACUACAUUCUAAUAACUGCAAGACAAAGAAUCAGGAAAAAUCAGUAGGCAUUAUUGCUUGUUUUUUUAGUUUUAACUGCUUUGAGUUGUCAAUUUAAAUUAUUGUAACAUUUAGUAUUUUAUCUCAGAAUUGUUACAAUGAAGGAGCUAAAUGUUUGAAAUCACAUGACGCAGUGAAGCAUUUCUGUAUUCCUCAAGUGAACAUUAAACAGAUGAAGAAUACUAAAA